AUGAUUAGAUUUUAUGCUGGUGUUCUGAACUUCUGCACUGAGCUAGGUCGAACCUGGUUCGAACGCAAACCGGACCUCCUGAACGCGUUCAGAGGCGUUCGGUCCAGAGUUCAACCAACAGCCAAACCUGAACCUAGGGUUCGGUUUGGCGUUCGGAAAAUUUUGCCAGAGAACCGGACCGAACCGGACUUCGGCAGCACUAUUGAGGGCUUUGGUCGCGUCGUUCAUGAAACCACCUGGGCGGGGAUCCGGGAUGAGAACUGGAUGUUUAAGAGGGUGGGGUGUUUGCUGCUUACUGGUGUCGUGCUGUUGGUGCUCAUAGUGGUAGGCACGUACGUCAGGCUUGACUGGUGGGGUAGGGGAAACUUCCUACGAAGUGCGGAGCUGUAUAAUGCUGUCAUAUCCUCAGUUUGUAUUAGCGCGUUCGUUUAUCAGGGGACAAUAUGUGAUAUGAAGGCAGUUGAAUGGGCGGUAUUACAGGGCCAGGCUGGCGCAUUGUUUGGCCCAGCUGGGAAGCCGGCAUUUGAACCAGAGGAGGGAAAUGACACCUCCGAGUCCGAUGUCUUCUUUGAAGACGUCGCGAAUGCGCAUGCCGGCGUAGAGUCAAGUUCAUCCCCAUCCGAGUCAAUAGCUAAGGCUCCACAGAAACGGAAGAACCUCUGCCAGCCAGCGAGCAAGCCCCCAAUAUUCUCACGAUACUAA